CACACCCUCUCUAUCGUCACUCAGGAGAUGGUGGUCCUGUGUGAGUUUGUGGUCCUCGUCUUGGCAGGACAGGGGAAACGCUCGGAUUUUCAGAAUUAAAGCAACAACUGACCGAGAGGGGUACAGUAAGGAAACGGGUUCAACCAAUUGCUGAUUCACUUCUAAAGGUGUAUCAUAUCAAGUAUUCGUUUGGGUCUUAUUAACUUGAGACAUAACAAAGUUCUAGAAUUGUUUCGCGUCAUUGUAUCCGAAACGAGAACCCCUUUGAGGUUCGACGGAUAGAUAAAGCGACAGGGUCAGACAGACUAUUGUUUCCCCGUGUUUUUUCUCCAACUUCAGCCAUUAACAGGGUUAACAAAAAAAACAAAAAGACUGGGAUAUAAAAAAAUAAAAAACUUUAUACAACGCCAGAGAAUAAAUGGGAUAAUACAUGAUUCCGGUGUUUCUGUUGUGAUUCACUGCCUCUGGUGGUGGGUCAAACUUGAUUCUCAGAGGACAGAGAACUUGUGAAAAGAGGACAUAGCGCUUUGAAAAGUUGAUGUAAUUCUACUUUACUGUGGAUAUAUUGUCUCACAUUCCUACCGCCAAAAGGACCAACUGCACGGACAACCGACUGGAGUGACGUGCUGUGACAUCACCGAUGGCAACACACGUUGACCGUAACAGAAGAAUAGGACUGGAGGUGAACAUGGAGUCAUUCCAGAGUGACGUCACGAAGACAGCGUGUGAAGGAAAGCAUGCCUCCCCGCGUUCCUCCAAAACUCCACACCACCAGAUAACCAAUGGAAAGAGCCAUCUAUCCUUUGACCACAAUGCAACAGACAGUGAUGGAGGCAAGGUCAGAGAUGGUGGUGUUAGUUUCAGCACCAACCACAACUCUGUGGUGUGCCUGCCUUUGGUCUCUGAGGGCCUGAAGCUAGUAUGGACACAGUCAAAUCAGACACGUGAGCUUGACACCAUCCAAGAGCUGGUCCAGGCAUUCAAUGUGUUCCCAUACCCAACAUCUCGUGAGGUGAAUGCCUUGGCACGGCUCUGUGCCCUGCCUCUGGACAAAGUCAAGGUCUGGUUCAUGGUGCAGAGAAUCAAAUACGGCAUCAGCUGGGCCUCAGAGGAGAUUGAGGAGACGCGUGGCAAGCUGGCCGGACCUGAGUGGACUAACGACUAUGCAAAUGAGAAAGAGGAGAUGAAGAUGAGGAAGGGGUGUGGGGAGAUGUCUGUGGAAGCAGAGGACAAAGGUCAAAUGAAUAAUGGUCUUAACUCUUCCCUGCUCCACCCAAGAAAACGAGCCAGACAUGAGACUCCAGAACACUGCAAACCAGCCUCCACUAUCCGACAUUUCAGUUCCUCUCUCCCACCCCCUCAGGAUUCAUACUACUACCACCCUCCUGUAGACAUGCCAGCAGCUACUGCAACAGAGGCUUCCCUGAGCCUCUCUGAGACCUCACUUGGCUCUACACAGCAACAGCAACGCGGACGCUACAAAAAGACCAAAGCUCAGCUUGCAGUCCUUCGCAGCAGCUUCCUGCGGGAAAACUGGCCUGCGGAGACAGAGCUUCGAUGCCUGCAGAAUGAAACGGGCCUGAGCCGCAAUGACAUCCGCAAAUGGUUCAGCGACAGCCGGUACCAGCUUAGAAAUGGGCGCGGACUGCUUAGAACAUCCAUGGUCUACCCUCAGCUCAUCAUAGGAGAAGCAAAGGACAAGUCUCAGCAAGUUCAGUCUUUUCCACUCGUAGCUCACGGGCCUCGGGAUCAAGAAAAUGGUAUUGAAGUGCAGAGAGGGGCUCAAGGGAAGGGAGCUCGCAGCAAUGGGGUGAAAGAUUCACAUUUCUUCCAGAACUUCCUGUCAAACAGCCUGGAGACCUUUGGGGAGGGAGCAGUGGAGGAGGUUGCAGAGGAAGCCUCUGUUCACACUGAGACUGUUAAGGAAGUGGAGGUGAAAAAGGAAGAAAAGCCCCUACAGUUUAUUAGAGGCAACAAAGACCCAGAGAUUAAACAACCACCAUCAGCCGUUACCAUCUGCGCUGCUUCUUCCUCCCCCUCUCAUUCUACCACCCCUCCCCCUUCGACUACUGUCCCCACUAUUAAGCAUAGUUCCACUAGCACCAGCACCCUGCAGAAGUCUGCUUGCUCAGCCAAAGCCUCACUCACAGCCCUGUCUCUCUCCAGUCCUCCCUCAUCCUGGUCUCCUCUUACACCUGCUGGCCGACCACGGAAGACCAAGGAACAACUGGACAUACUAAAGGAGCACUUCCUGCGCUGCCAGUGGCCUAAGAGUGAGGACUACACCCAGCUGGUAGAACUCACAGGCUUGCCCCGUGCAGACAUCAUCCAGUGGUUUGGGGAUACGCGCUACGCUGUUAAAAAUGGGCAGCUACGCUGGGUGCAGGGGGUCCGUGAACAAUUUCUGGCUGAACUAGCCACACAGCAAAAUGGCAGUGGAGUCACCGGUGGAAACGGUUCCAGUGGGAUCCCUCGGGUUAUGGGUAGCCGCAAACGUAAGACUCAAGCGAAUGGCGCCACAGCAACAUCCACUGCAGAUUUCCCGGACAUCAAGCCGCUGGGGGUUUACCAUCGCUUGACAGGGGUUCUUCAUGAGAAAGACCUUGAUGCCCUUUGCAAAAAGUCACGAAUGAGCUACCAGCAGGUGCGAGACUGGUUUGCAUCUCAGGAGAGCAAGGAAAUUGACCCAGAAACCAAUGUUACUGAUUGAGAUUGUGGGCGGCUAAGGGUUGGAAAUCGGCACUCUCUUUUUUUACAGAGGACAAGACAGAUCAUGUCUUACGCAGACCGAUGACGCUCAUUAGUUACAAAAACGUUUCAUAUUGAAUUUACUUAGCUUUAAUGUGAGCAGGUGUGACUCUUAAAUGCUUACUGUCUUUGUAGUAUAAGCACAGAUCUGGUGACUGUGCUGAAUUAUUGCUGCAUUCAGUGUUUUUUUUCUCAUAAGCUUGGUCUUGAGGUCCUGCUUGUGCUGCCUGCCUACUAUAGAUAGGACAUUACCUAGUGCACUGGUUCAAUUCCCCCACCCCCUUAUGUUGUUUGUGUGUUAUGAUAUAAUUUGUAGUCUAGUAUUGUAGCAAAAUAUAAUUAACUGGAUAUAAAGUAUGUAUUGGUUGGAGCUCCUUAGGUAGUGUAGUUCUCCAUUUUUCAGAAGUGAAACUGCACUGUGGAAACCUAAAUAGAACAAUUUAUGAGUCUUAGGGUAAAGACACUGACUAAUCACUGAAAGUAGUAAUCAUUAAUUUACAACCUACAAUUCCUUUCCACUAGAUUAACAAACUGGACAUUAACACUUUAUCCUUCUAAAUAGACACGUUGCACUUGAAUAUUUUUAACCCUGACAUUUUAGCUGCCAUAAUGUUCAUUAAAUGUAUUCCUUUUUAUAAAAGUUUGAAUUCCUAUUAAAAUUGUUAUGCAGUUUGCACUGACCUACAGAUGUUUUAAAGUGAAGUUCAAUGUCCGUGCAGACCACACGUUUAAAACAUUUUGAUCAACUGAAUUGCACUCUUUGGUCCUGUAAAAUCCUGUAUUUUUGGCCUCUGCUCACCUCUGAAAAUGAAUUAUGUACUGAAGGGCUGCAAUGUAGGCUUAUUUUAUCGUUGUGUGUGCAGUUUAUUUCCCCUUGUUCAUACCCCAGAUUGGUGGGAGUAGAGUAUUCUGCCUAUAUCGAGCAUUUGUGUGAGUAGAAUGAUUAGGGGCACAGAAGUCACUGGAAAUGUGUAAUCCAACCAAAUUCAAAGUUCAGGCAUAGAAGUAAUAGGUUGGCUUAGUCCACUAUAAUCCAAAACAAUAACUGGUGUUUUGUGCAGGCCAUUUCCUAUGUCUUAGAGAUUAAAAAACAUGCAAAUGUGUCAUUCAAACCGGUAUACUAGAAAGUAUUUAAUCAAUAUUUUCUAGUGUAGAAGUUUGUUCUGUUAGCUAUGAGAAGAUUACAAGAAUACUGAAGGAGAAAUGUUUGUCUUAUUACACUAGUCAUGUUGCAGCCUUCAGUUGUAAACAGUUUUUUACAUUUGUACUUCACUGGAUAGAUGGCACUCAUUUUCAUAAAUUAAUGUUUGUUACAUUUCAAAUUUGCCCUACUGCGUCACUAGAAACAAGUAAAAAAAAAAACAUAUUUGCAAUUGUGUGAAUGUUUCCUUGUUUGUGUGAACUGGUUCGAGGGAGGCCUUUCAUUCCCUGAACUUUCUGAGAUGGGGUCAGCUUUUCAUCACAGAUGCUGUAGGAAGAGGUAAGAACUAUGCCAAAAUACUUAGUUGUCUUUUGGCUUAAUGUUAUGUUAGAUCACAUAACGAAAUUGAUCAAUUGGAUCUCUGUUUUGUCGUUUUGACGAAAUGUAAUUUUAAUUCCAAUGUGGUUUACUUGCCAUUUCUGAAAGGACUUGCAGAGUGUUGUGAUUAUCCAAUUCCAGUUCUUGACUGGGUUAUGUUAGCUACAACUUUCAAUGACGCACCGUGGAAAUCUUACCGGAUGGGAGUGUUAAUAAUGGUGGGUGUCCCUAUGAGGAGAGAUAAAAACUAUAAACAUUUCAGUCCCACAUUUGAUGUUUGAAUUGAUUUACAGAAAAAUAAAGUAUUGUUCCUUGAAUGGACAACGAUGGCA